AUGUUCCCUCGCCUCCGCCGCCUCUCCCGCCUCUUCUCAACCUCCACCGCCACCUUAAACCCUAACCCUAAGCCCGAAACCCUAAGCACAAGCAUCAACAACCUCUUCAACGAGCGCAACCUCGAGCGCUUCGUUUCCUCCUUCAAGCUGUCCUCCAACUCCUACCGCUUCCGCUGCCGCCACCGCAUUUUCGACACCCGCCACAGCUCCGUCAAGGAGAUCCUCGACUUCCAGAAGCAGUUCACAGAUGAUUUCAAGCGCGAGGGUUCGGGGAUCCGAUUGAUAUCUCUCUAUGGAAAAGCUCGGAUGGUCGAUGAGGCCCAGAGGACUUUUGAUGAGCUUGAGGAUUUGGGAUGCCCUAGGAGCGUGAAAUCUUUCAAUGCGCUGCUGACUGUGUUUGUUGAGUGUGGGGAGUUUGAUAGGGUUUUGAAGGCGGUUGAGGAGUUGCCGGAGUCGCUUUCGCUGAAUGGAAUCUCGUAUAAUAUUCUGAUCAAGGCGAAUUGUGCUAAAGGUGAGCUUGAUGCUGCCGUCGAGGUACUUGAUGUUAUGGAACAGAACGGUUUUUCUCCUUGUUUGGUCUCCUACAAUACGCUCUUAAAUGCAUUUUAUGGGAAUAGCCGGUUUUCCGAUGCUGAAAAGAUCUGGGAUAGAAUGGUAAAGGAAAAGAUUGAACCUGAUACAAAGAGCUUUAAUGCAAAGAUGUUAGGGCUAGUUUCAGAAGGGAAGACAGCAGACGCAAUAAAACUUGCUGAUGAACUGAAGAGGCUGAAGUUAAAGCCAAACACUUUCACUUUCAAUACGUUGAUUAAAGCAUUUUGCAAAGAUGGAAACUUGGAGGAAGCGAAAAAGAUAUAUGUGAAUUUGACAAAGAAUGAUUGUGCUCCCAGUAGAGGGACCUUUGAUGUUUUGAUUCCUAGUCUUUGCAAGACAGGAGAGUUAGAUACCGCUCUUAAGUUGUGUAAUGAGAAUAUGAGUCGUCGGCGUUUAGUGGAUGCACCGAUACUUCAGGAGGUCAUUAAUGGGUUAGUUAAGGGGUCAAGCAUGGAGAAAGCUAAGAAGCUUGUGGACCUUGCACGGCAGAAUGGGUACUCCAAGAAGAAUGUGAGAAUGCCAUGAAGUGACUGGUAGGUGAAUCUAUGCUGUUAAAUUUAUAGUUCUCAUACUCUAUGGGUCAUAAUCACCUUGUUUUCUUUAUACCAUGCUUAGAAAGUAAGUUGUACUCCAGUGAUAAAUAUCGAUGGUGGCAUUGGGUGGUUAGUUGUCGUAGUUUCAUCCUUGUUGACCUAUAUAGGAUGUGCAUAUUAUGUGUUUGUUCUGGUUCGUACUUUAUGUCUCUAUUAUUCAUGCAAUUCCGUGUUUCAA